CUCCGCCUGGCACGAUCCCGGGCGCGCGUCGGCGGCAGCCCCGCGAGUAGGACGGGCGGCGGGUAGAGGCGGGCGGCGGGCCCGGGAGGCGCGCCAGGCUGCGGGCAUGGGCGACAGCAAGGCCGGCACCAGGGUCUUCAAGAAAUCCAGCCCCAACUGCAAGCUCACCGUCUACCUGGGGAAGCGGGACUUUGUGGACCACCUGGACAGAGUCGACCCCGUUGAUGGGGUGGUCCUUGUGGAUCCUGAAUACCUCAAGGAUCGGAAGGUGUUCGUGACGCUGACGUGCGCCUUCCGCUAUGGGCGUGAGGACCUGGACGUGCUGGGGCUCUCCUUCCGCAAGGACCUGUUCUUGGCUUCGUGGCAGGCCUUCCCGCCUGCUGAGGAAGCCCCCGAACCUCUUACCCGGCUGCAGGAACGGCUGCUGCGGAAACUGGGUGCCAAUGCCUACCCCUUCAGUUUCAUUAUCCCGCAGAAUCUGCCGUGUUCCGUCACGCUGCAGCCAGGCCCCGAAGACACAGGAAAGGCAUGUGGAGUAGAUUUUGAGAUCCGUGCUUUCUGUGCCAAAAAUGUAGAUGAAAAAAUCCAUAAAAGGAAUUCUGUCCGCCUCGUGAUCCGCAAGGUCCAGUAUGCCCCAGAGAAGCCCGGUCCGCAGCCAAUGGCAGAGACCACCCGGCAUUUCCUGAUGUCUGAUCGGUCGCUGCACCUGGAGGCAUCGCUCGACAAGGAGCUCUACUACCACGGUGAACCGAUCAGCGUCAACGUCCACGUCACCAACAAUUCUAGCAAGAGUGUCAAGAAAGUGAAGGUGUCUGUGCGGCAAUAUGCAGACAUCUGCCUCUUCAGCACGGCCCAGUACAAGUGCCCCGUGGCCCAAAUAGAGCUGGAUGACCAGGUGGCCGCGAGUUCCACCUUCUGCAGAGUCUACACGCUGACGCCCCUGCUCAGCAACAACCGUGAGAAGAGGGGCCUGGCCCUCGACGGGAAGCUGAAGCACGAAGACACCAACCUGGCCUCCUCCACCAUAGUGAAGGAGGGCACCAACAAGGAAGUCCUCGGCAUCCUGGUCUCCUACCGAGUGAAAGUGAAGCUGGUGGUGUCGAGUGAGAUGCGGGGACGUGUCUGUGGAGCUGCCCUUCGUGUUGAUGCACCCGAAGCCGCCGGACCAGACUCCCCCCUUGCAGCCCCAGACAGUUGCCCAAGAAAUGGACACCCCCAUCGACACCAAUCUUAUCGAGUUUGAAACCAACUUUGGGCAAGAUGACGACAUCGUCUUCGAGGACUUUGCCCGCCUCCGCUUGAAGGGCCUCAAGGAUGACAAGGAAGACGAUGACCAUUUCUGCUAGGAAGUAGCCCCGCCCCCACCCAGACCAAGGGAGGGGCAAGGCCACCCCCCGCAGUGUUUUCUUAUUCCAUCUCCCCUCCCCCCCCCAUGGCAGGAGCCCUUUCCCCUCCCCAUCUUGUGUCUUUUGUGCUGUACAGGGGGAUGUUAAAUAUGACUACCUGGGGGGGCUCGUUGGGUGUCCAGCUUCUCCCCCCCCCCCCCCGCCACACUGUUUUCCAGGUGGAUUUUAAUGUCUAAGGACAACUCUUCCCCUCCCCCCCUCCAUGCACUGGAGUCCUUCGUGGGCAUUAAUUCGCUUCCUGGCCUGCCAUGUGAAUCUCCCCCACCCAGUGGGCCAUAGUUUGUUGGACCAGCUCUUUAGCCGGGGCUGUCGCCCGCCUACCUGCCUGCCUCUUCCUCGGAGGCUUUGCCAGAGUCUGAUGCCCCAGGCGGGAGGGGCACGGGCCAAUGGCAGCCAGCACCCCCCCCCCGACCCCCCCGUCCACCAGCUGGACACUGACAGCUGCAGCGGGGGGGGGGGUCAAGGGUGCGAGCCACCACUUCUGUACAAAGGAGAAUGGAAUACAAUAAAGUAACUCAGAUAA